AUGUCUUGGAGAGUAGGAAGCAGAAAUGUCCGUAUCGGCCGCGAAGCCGGUGAGACGAAUCAGGCCGGUUAUGCAACGGCGGUCGGGAUGGAAGCAGGUAAAACGGACCAAGGUGAUUCGGCAAUCGCCAUUGGAGAUCGUGCAGGUAGUGUGAAUCAAGGGACCGGUUGCGUCGCGGUUGGUGUGACGGCGGGUAGGGUGGACCAGGGCGAACAUUCAGUGGCAAUCGGUGCGUAUGCGUGCUCCGAUGCGUCGUCAAACAACUCGAUUACCCUGAACGCAACGGGUACUCUGCUAUCAAACAAGGUGGCAAACUCGUUAAUAAUCAAACCAAUCCGAAACGCCGCAAGUCCCAACAUGCUCAUGUAUAAUUCCACAACGGGCGAGGUUACGUACGUGUCAUCGGUAACAGAGGGCAAGGCAACUAUUGCUAGCAUGGAACGCGAUGCCAGUGAAAUCCUGGGCCAGCUCGACGUGCAAGAGUUUACAUAUAUUAACAAGGGCAAACACAAUGCGUACAGCUCGGUAGUCGAUUCUGCCGAAAGUCGCCACCAGCCCGAGAUGGCCCGCGACAUGGACGAGACGCAUUUUGGAUUCGGUGUGGAGGAAUUGCAAGAUAUUUCACCGGAUCUCGUGUACAGUGAUGCCAGCGGUGUCCCGCUGGACAUUAAGUGGGACAACAUAACAGCGCUUCUGGUAAAGGGGAACCAGGAGAUACGUACGGACAUUACAAACGCCAUUGAAGAUAUCGAUGAAAACAAGGCGAAUAUUGGCCAAUAUCGAUAG